AUGCAGAUAGUCACGGUUCACCUGGCCUAUACGAAUCUGUCGGAAGAACCCAAGGGCUGGCCAGAUUAUUGGAAGACUUCAAGGUUCGCGUCUCUUUGGCGCCUGUGGAGCACGUUCAGACCCCGCACAGUGACUUCCGCCGUGAUUGAAAUGAGCAGCACCUCCCCGCCAGGCCAAAGAUGGUCCUUCGGUACGACAACCAUCAAGAACGACCUGCAUACGAUAUUUGCCGCACGUGCCGCCCAUGAGAAGGCCAUUGGGUCGCUACGGAGGGUGAAGGGGCUGAUCUGGACGAUUGUCAUGCAACCGCUUCUGCCUUCGUGGGCCGCGAAAGGUGAUACGAAUGUGCUCGGUAUUCACGAGGAAACGGAUGAUGCGCUCGUCAUCCUCAGUUUCUCCGUGUAUUGGCAACGAGCAGGGGAUGAUAGGCAUGUAUAUGCGACUAUUCGUGAGACUAUUGAGGCUAUCGAGGCGGUCGCCACGGCCAACGGGAAGGGUCAUCGUUUCCGCUACCUGAACUACUGUGCGCAGUGGCAACGACCGUUAGAAGGAUACGGCGAGGAGAACCUGCGCUUCCUGACCAAGAUACAAGACGUAGCGCGAGGAAGGGAAAGAAAAGAAGCUCCCUCGCGUUCGGAGGAACCCAGAUGA